GCUAUGUCAAUCUUUUUCUUCCUCUUCAGAUUGACCAGCUUAAUGUGGAGACCAAUCAGUUGAUCGAGAAGAGAAUGCGCAGUAAUGACCCCAUAGAUGACAAACUCUCACUCUUCAGACAACAGGCCGCCAUAAUUAGCCACAAGAAGGAGGCGGCGGCUGUGUCGCUCCGUGAGGCUCGGGAAGAGUACAAUAAAGCCCUUCAGGAAGCUGACGACAAACGAGAGCUUGUCAAGGAUGUUGACGGGGGAGAAGUUCUCAAGGGGGAAGAUUUUAAGCGAUACGUGAACAAACUGCGAGGUAAAAGCACCAUCUACAAGAAGAAGAGACAGGAACUGGCAGAAGUUCGUGCUGAGACUGGCGUUUUGUCACGGACAGAGGAGAUUCUCAAACAGCAGGAGAACAGCAUAAAUCAGCAGCUCGGUGUGCUGGAGAAGAAAAAGGGUGUGGCAGGAUACAGGGAGACACAGGAGGAGCUGGAGAAAGUGUCCUCCGUCAAGAGUGAAUAUGACGACAUGAAAGGCAAGACCCUGGAGGAUAUGUCAGAAAUGGUGCGGCAGCUUAAUGCUACCAUCGCCCGCAAGAAGGGUGCCCUGGCACCCGUGAUUAAAGAGCUCCGGCCGAUGCGGCAGAGAUGUCAGGAGCUAACUGUGUUGUACGAAGACAAGAAGGCAGCCUAUGACACAUGCUCUGCUGGACUAGAGAGUAACCGCUCCAAGCUAGAACAGGAAGUGCGCACUCUCCAUGAAGAGGUAUCUGCCGAGGAAUCGCGCUACCAUUAUCUAAACUGUAUGAUGGCGAUUAUAAAGAUCCAGAAACAGAAGAUUGAUGAUGAGAUGAAGGCCUACACCUCAUCUGACCCUCAGGAGAAACGGCGAACUUUCAGGGAAAUGUACACCAAGAAAAUACAGGAGCAAGAAAAUUUGGGAAAGGGAUUGCGUGAGAAGCAGAAAACUGUGCGGGAGCAGCAUGGUCCGAAUAUGAAACAGAUGAAGAUGUGGCGAGACUUUGAGAGCCUCAUGGCCUGCAAGAGGAAGUGUUUUGACCAGGCGAGGGCUGGUGGGGGGAUGGACGGAGCCGGGUUGACGUACGGAGAGCUCCCUGCCCCUUCAAUGCAAGAAGAGGACAGGCUGGUGCUGUAGUGAUUUCUGCCUAUCUUGGCACUGUCCCCAAGUUUUAGUGAUCCAAGGUUUUGGAAUUGAACUUAUGUUUGACCAUAUGUUUCUACUAGAUUCUUGGGUUACUCCAUGUGCAUGUCCUUUUCAUGAUCUCUGGAUUUUAUCUACCUUGUUGGCAGGUAGAUGGUGGCAUUUCCAACUCCACAUCGCCUGUAGACGAUGUUUUGGUUACAUUAUUGGUAUCUCUAACCUAUUCAGCUGACAUUGUCCACAGGUAUGUUCUGUCCACAUUGCCUGAAGGCAAUGUUCUGUCCACAUUGCCUGAAGGCAAUGUUCUGUCCACAUUGCCUGAAGACGAUAUUCUGUCCACAUUGCCUGAAGGCGAUGUUCUGUUCAUAUUACGUGUAUCUGUAGGGCCCAUUUCUGUAUUCUGCCUUGACAGGUCCUGUUCUGUCCACAUUGCCUGAAGGCGAUGUUCUGUCCACAUUGCCUGAAGGCAAUGUUCUGUUCAUAUUACGUGUAUCUGUAGGGCCCAUUUCUGUAUUCUGCCUUGACAGGUCCUGUUCUGUCCACAUUGCCUGAAGGCAAUGUUCUGUCCACAUUGCCUGAAGACGAUGUUCUGUUCAUAUUACGUGUAUCUGUAGGGCCCAUUUCUGUAUUCUUCCUUGACAGGUCCUGUUCUGUUCCCUUCACAUUACUCAUAAGGCCUUUUCUGGCUACAUUAUUGGUAGGCUGUAUUUUGUCCACAUUUUCUGAAGACCUUAUUCUGUCUGAAUCAUAUUGUCUGCCAGCCCUUUUCUCUGUACAUUUUCCAAGGGCCGUAAGCCUUCUAAGCCCUAUUUAAUUCCCAUUAUGUAUAGCCCCUACCCUAGCCAUAGACCCUAUCUUAUUUACAUUAUCUGUAGGUUUUUGUCCAGGUUAUCUACAUUCCUCAUAGCUUCUCACAGAAGGCAUUGUACUGUCCAGUAUUCUGGCCGUGUUCUGUUUAGCUUGGUACUAUCUGCAGGUUUACUUUAGGUAUUUAAGCCUCUAUUGUUUUUUCAAUACUGUGUUAACCCUGUCUAAACUUUCUUCUGUUUGUGCUGUACAAAUCUCCUCCAAACUUGUAUUUGAUGCAUUCCACUGAGCUUUCUACUGAAUGGUUGAAUUCCGUCCAUUACUGAAUGACAGUCUAACUCAGUUUGAGACAUUGUGAUAAUGAGCACAUGUAACGACAGUACAUGUAACAAGUAUACAUGUAACAACAGCCGUGUUUCGAUGGAGAGAAAAACAGCUCAUUUUUUCUACUGUUUUAAACUCUAAAUAAUGUUGAUCCCAUCACUGUGAUGUCUGAUCGAUCUGUGACAAUAGAUUGUGUCCAUGACUUCAUGAAAGUGAAGCCUAUUGAGAUUGCUUUUGUUUUUCAUUCAAAUUAUGUAAUUUAAGUAGAAGGAAUAAAAAUUUUAAAAAAAGGACAAAACAAAAUUAUGAGGCUCACUGGCACUGGAAUAAGUCUUCAUGCAUGUAAGCAGAAUAAUUCGAAACACAAGUUGUUGUUAGAAAUUGUUAAAUUUUAUGUCUUAUCCACGUUGAUGUAUGAA